ACUUGCUUAAAUCGCUCUUUCCGAUACUCACCAAUGGCGCUCCCUACCUUCGCAAUGGGGAGCUAUGGGCUCUUGUUCAGAACCAAAGACGGCUUGUUCGACAUCAUCGACUCCGCCAUUGCCGUCGCCGGUUCCCGCUGGCCGGACGAGCUCGAAGCCCUAAGAGGCCAGAUUCUGAAGAAGUUCGAUCUGGAGAAUAAGGAGUUGUCUUCUGCUCCAGCGGUGGCACCGCGUCAGCUGCAACCCGCUCGGAACGGGGAAGAAAUCUCUGCGGAGAUCGUUGUUAGCAAGUCCAAUCGGUGCGAUGAUGAUGUCGAUCGAGGAGGUCGGGUCAAUAUUGAGGUCAAACUGCGGCGGCCGAAGAACUCUUCCGCGGAGGAAGCAGCAGUGGGAGGAGCGAGAGACAAGCCGAGGGAGUCUUCGUUAGAGGAGAAGAAGAAAGUCGAAGGCGAUCGGGUUCUAGGGUUUGCUAGUGAAGAGAGCGGGAGAGGCGCCGCUCUGCCGAGGAAAGAGGAGAGCUGCGUUGUAACAGGCGGUGGGGGAAGAAGGGCUGAGGGGGCGGAUGAUUACUACCAGCGACGGCGCCGGUCGGAAGAUUGGUAUCACCGCGAUUGGAAGAGAGAUUAUGAGCAUCACGAUAGGUAUCACGGUGGCCGAUCUAAAGAUGGGUAUUACGGUGGCCGGAAGAGGAACUUCGAUCACGACCGGGGGCGUUACUGUGAUCGGUCUGAAGAUGGGUGUUACGGCGGCCGCAAGAGGAAUUUCGAUCAUGAGGAACGGCGUCACGAGGAGGAGUAUUCGAGGAAGAGGCGGAGGAUUGCGGAGGAAGCGUCUGCUACUACCACUGCUGGGAACCAUCGAGUGAUUCAGUACUCCCGCAGAUUCUUGCUCUCUAUGCGGCCAAUGGAUUGAAAUUUGGGUCUGAAGUUGGUUUCGUAAGGACCAAAAACCCUUCAAGUUGCUGUGUAAUUAUAUGUUCCACAACACAUUGUUGUUCACUGUUUUUAGUAGUCUUUCUGCUGUUAAGGAAGAUGAUGUACUGCAGAGUGCAGACUGACU